UUCAUCACAAUCUUAUCAAACAACCAAAAAGAAAGGGAAGAGCCUUAUUGUUAUUCCUUGAUUAAAUUGUUUCUUGAUCCCAGCCUCCCCGAGAAUAAUAGAAGAAAAAUCGAUGGUAUAUGCAACAAGUCAAACAUCGAUUGAAUAAUUAGAUACAGUAGAUAAAAAAAAGAUAUAGAAAAGAGGAAUCAGAUCGAUCAUCGAUCAGGAAAUGACUCCUUCAAUGAGGUUGGUGUUGCUAAGCAUUGUGUUCUUAAUUUAUUGGCCAACUGCGGUGGUUCGGGGGGAAGACCCUUACAUUUUCUUCACGUGGAAUGUGACCUAUGGAACACUGGCCCCAUUAGGCACUCCACAACAGGUAAUAUUGAUUAACGGCGAGUUUCCAGGCCCCGUCAUCAAUUCCACAUCCAACAACAACGUGGUUGUGAAUGUGUUCAACAACCUGGAUGAGCCAUUCCUCAUCACUUGGAGUGGGGUCCAGCAGAGGAAGAACUCGUGGCAAGAUGGGGUGCUUGGGACCAACUGCCCAAUCCCACCAGGCUCAAACUACACCUACCACUUCCAGGUGAAGGACCAGAUCGGAAGCUUCAUGUACUACCCGUCCACAGCCAUGCACAAGGCCGCAGGUGGAUUCGGAGGCCUGCACAUCAAUAGCCGCCUCCUAAUCCCAGUCCCUUACCCAGAUCCCGAGGAUGACUACACGGUCAUUAUCAACGAUUGGUACACCAAGACCCACUCGGCACUCCGCAACAUGCUGGACAGCGGCCGCACCUUGGGCAGACCCGAAGGCGUCCUCAUCAAUGGCAAGAAUGCCAAGGGAGACGGAAAGGACGAGCCCCUCUUCACCAUGAAGCCUGGGAAGACAUACAAGUACAGGGUGUGCAAUGCCGGGUUGAAGACCUCCCUCAACUUCAGGAUCCAGGGCCACGGCCUGAAGCUAGUCGAGAUGGAAGGCUCGCAUGUUGUCCAGAACGUCUACGAUUCACUAGAUGUCCAUGCGGGAGGCUGCUUGGCAGUGUUGGUGACUGCGGACCAGGACCCCAAGGACUACUACAUGGUGGCCUCCACCAGGUUCACCAAGACGGUGUCCACUGGGAAGGGAAUCAUCCGUUACGAAGGAGGGAAGGGCCCAGCAUCCGCUGAGAUCCCCGCAGCUCCAGUUGGAUGGGCCUGGUCCCUGAAUCAGUUCCGGUCCUUCAGGUGGAACCUUACAGCCAGCGCCGCGAGGCCAAACCCUCAAGGCUCUUACCACUACGGCCAGAUCAACAUCACCCGCACCAUCGUGCUUGCCAAUACCGCUGGGCGGGCCAACGGGAAACUUCGCUACGCCAUCAACGGGAUCUCCCAUGUGAACCCACCCACCCCGCUGAAGCUGGCAGAGUACUAUGGAGUUGCAGAUAAGGUGUUCAAGUAUGACACCAUGCAAGAUCGACCACCUGCAUCCGACAAGGCCGAGAUUGUAAUGCAACCCAAUGUUGUGAACAUCACCUUCAGGGACUUCAUCGAGAUCAUCUUCGAGAAUCAUGAGAAGAGCAUCCAAGCUUAUCACUUGGAUGGUUACGCCUUUUUUGCAGUGGCGAUCGAGCCUGGCACUUGGAGCCCAGAUAAGAGGAAGAACUACAAUCUGCUUGACGCGGUGAGCAGGACGACGAUUCAGGUAUACCCAAAAUCGUGGGCAGCCAUUCUGCUGACUUUCGACAAUGCUGGGAUGUGGAACGUCAGGUCAGAGAUUUGGGAGAGGACAUACCUUGGGCAGCAAUUCUAUGUCAGCACGCUUUCUCCAGGGCGCUCACUCAGGGACGAGUACAGCCUUCCCGAUAACUCUUUGAUCUGUGGCAUCGUCAAGGAUAUGCCCAAGCCUCCACCAUACACCCUCUAAAUCCCAUCCACCCCCUUCUGCCACCUACCUCCAAUUCGAUCUCUUCAUAUCAUUAAUAAAAAAAAUUAACCCAACGCAGUAGCAACAACUUUCAACAAAUCCUAAGGAUAUCAUAUCGUCCAUGCAUCCUUCUCGCCCAAGAUCUGAGAUCGAGUUUGAGCAGUAAAUUCACGAGAGAGGCAGGGGAAACACGCCUACAAAGAUCUAGAAAAGCCAAACCCAAAAAAAAUAUAUAAAAAAAUAAAAACAAAAGAACUCCUUAUGUGAUCUUAUGUCUUUACAUUUUCUCUUUUUCCCUCUGAGAUUUGGCUUUGUUUCCUUCAAUUGUAUUGCUCUUCUUCUUUCAUAUAAUCAAAUAUUCUUAUCUCUUCUUGUUCAUUUUCAUGCGCUCCCCACUAUUUUAUUUAAUCAUCCAGUGCUCGAAGUAUUUUAUUUACACUAGCUAGCUAGCUUUCAGAAAUCAUUAUGUAAUGUUGUUGCUUCAUACUUAAUUAUUCGUUGAAAGUCUCAAUAAACUUUAUUCCCUUACAAAAUAAUCACUAUGGGUUGAGAGAUACACACAUGCAAUACAAGACAAGAGUUAGACAAGAAAACAACAACGUUUUUAUUUAGGAUAAUGUCUACAAUUUAUCCAAAUAUUUUUC